AUGGACGUCCUCAUCAAGACCAAGACAGGGAACUUCCUGGGUGCUGGGACGAACGGGGCGGUCUACGUCAAACUGGUGAGCUCGGACGGGAAGGAGUCUGCCGACCUGAUGCUGGACGUGCUCUGGAAAAAUGACUUUGAACAGGGGGCAGAGGGAGAGUACUGGCUGAGUAACGUUGCCGUGACCGCCCCUAUCCGCGAGCUGAAGUUAUCACGUGACACCAUCUACCCGCUGGACCAGUGGUUCUGCAGGUCCCUCUCCGUCCAGCUGAGUCCAGGCGAGAACGGUCCCACCUACUACUUCCCUGUGGACCGCUGGAUCGGAGCAGGCGGCUAUGUGUGGCUAGUUCCAGGCGGCUGUUGCCUUCCCCAGGACGACUGGCACCCUCAUGAGAGGCAGAAGGAGCUGUUAGUGAUGAAGGAGCGCUACAAGUCCUUCAACCACACGGAAGGCCUUCUGCCAAUGACGACGGCCGGUGGGAAACCUUCGACAGCAUCGACCAAGUCUUCCCGCCAAGGAAAGUACCGAAGCCAGUCCAUAGACGACCCAAAAGGAAAAGAUGAUGCAUCACCCCAUACAAGUACCGUUUUCACUUACAAGAGGUUAACGGUGGUCACCGUGAUGCAGUUAGAAGUGAGCUAUGAGACGUCUCCUGUCUCCUGA